AUGUUUGCGAGAUUUUUGGACUAAACCGUAAUACACGAGUGCACACACUCGUCAUGUCAUGCGAAUUUCUAGUAGCAAACUUGACUAAAAGUUUGUCUUCGUGAUUGAAAUGUUUUGAAUAGGAGCCAAUUGCCACAUGCGCAAUAGUAUUACGAUUCUGUGUCACGAUUGGAUGUUGCCAUGGUAACCGAUGUAAACUUUCGUUCGCCAUUUUAUCCGGCUUCAGAUGUAACAAGGUUAGACAAGUACGUAUCUGAACGAGUAAUUAUGAUCAAAAUAUUGUCUCUGCAUGAAUUUGAUUCCCCCUCUGCCGAUGAUUUGGCUACUGUUGCACUUAUAGAGGACGUUUUACAUUAUUGUGAUUAUGAUAAUCUAACCAAUGAAUUACAACCAUUUGCCAAAUAUCUGCGACAAUAUCCAGAAGUUUCUAUUACUUCUGACAUUCUUGCUACACGCGAAACGGCACGCACAACUUGUGCCGGUGAUUUGUUUUUACCAGUUCACGAUAGUAUCUUCAGAAGGCUGGUUAGCGUAUGCAGAGAGAAAGGAUUAAUCGAUGCUGUUUGUCUGGCUGCGUCUGCAGAACCGCAAGAAAUUACACCAAUCUUGCAUUCGAUAGCUACAAGACUUAAGUGGAUGUUAGAUUUAGUAGACAAAGGAAUAUAUCAGAAAGAAACUUUACCUACUUCUGGAUUUGGAUCAGUUGCGGAUGUUGUUCACACAAGGGACUGGGAAACAUCUUUGGCCAGGUGUAUCUCAUGGCAUCCGCACUGCGCGCGACUAGCAGUAGUUACAUGGGAUGAUCGUAUACGUAUAUUUUCUCAUGGAACACCGAUAAUACCGAUUUUAAGGCACGGCGCUCAAAAAUCCGUUUGUUGUAUAAAUUGGAGACCACUUGCUGGCAAAGAAUUGGCAGUAGCGUGUCACGCGGGUGUCUUAGUUUGGACGAUAGAAUUAGGAGCAGCCAGUAAUAUUCUCAGUCACGCUGUGUUACUAAAACAAAGAAAUCAUGCUCCUGUAACAAGCGUUAUAUGGCAUCCGCAGGGUGAUCUGUUGGUAUCUUGUUCUCCGGCUGAUACACGUAUGAUUAUCUGGGAUACUUCUAAAAAAGAAUGUGUUCCAUUGAGACGAGUUGGAGGCGAUGGCCUAUGUUUUGCUCGUUGGUCGUCCUGCGGUUCUCAUUUGUUUUCAGCCUCGUGUAAAAAUAUAUUUAGAGUUUGGAACACAGGAGUAGCAACGUUAUGGCACGCAGAUAAAUGGACAGUGCCUAAUGGUCGUGUGGCUGUUGCUUGUUUCGGUCCUAAUUUGACUCUGUUGUUUGCAUCGGACGAAGACCCUGCCACAAUCUUCUCUUUACCUCUACAAGAAAAUAUUUUCGAUGUUAAGAAGCCUUCUCUCGACGACGUAAAAAUGGCCGUACCUCUGAUAGAUUUAACAAGAGUUAAUUUUUCGUUGGACGACGGUGACAGUUAUGUUACUGUCGGUGGAAGAAUAACUGCAAUGGAGUGGGACCCUACAGGAAGAUAUCUUGCUAUCCUAUUCCAGGACAGCCCAUACAUCGCAUUGAUUAAAACCAAACUAGGAAAUCUGUCACGUGUGAUUGACGUUAAACCGAGUUGUCUUAUAAAGGGAUUUCCGGGCGAAGUUCCCAAUUGCAUGGACUUUUAUCAGAAGCGUCAAAAAGAAUCAGGCAAUAUAAUUUGUCUAACAAUUGUAUGGAGUAGUGGUCGUAUCCAACACUUUCCAAUAAUUGAGAAGGGAAUUGCUCCUGUUACGAAUACGAGUACUUCGGUUUUAUCGCACUCAUUGUUAAGGCACGAUACAUACAAUUUCGAUUUGACUGCCAUUUACUGAUUAUAUCGGUUGUUAUCUCGUCGAGCUACGAGAAUUCUAUCUUUAGUUCUUUAUUGGUUAACGUUUAUAUAAGGGUCCAAAUAUUUUUGUUAAACGGAGUAUGAAAGAGCAAUAAUUCGUCCGUAUAGAUCAGUCACGACGUUCUCGCAUACCACAUCACGUCCCGUCAGAAAUUAUAUAAUAUUUCAUAACCGAUUCGUCAACGUGCCUAGGGGAAAAAACAUCGUUCAGCGCCGUGUUAAGCUCUAAUGUGCUAUCUUUCUAACGUAUGGGAUAUACUACGAGACGGUUCUCGGGUUCGGUUCCUAAUUAUACGAAGUCACAUGCAGAGCGCACGUCUUUCUAUUUUUACGUCGCUUGACCGAAUGCUGAACGUCGACACGUACUUGUGUAUAUAUUUGAUGCGUCCCGCACUAUUUUCAAUACAUUCUCCGGCGUUAUUUAUCCAUCGUUUUAGAAACACCAUCGUCCUAAAUACAAGCUUCUUAAACGCAGUUUUUGCUUAUGAUUCAUAAAAUAUAGAUUUCAUAGACCGCAUAGGAACCUACUUGGUACACAGCGUUUUUAAUCUAUGUUGCCUUGUUUCGUUAAAAAUCGUUCGAUUGGUCAAGCUCAUUGAGUAGUAUACUCGCACCAUAAUGUACGAUUACUUUAUUAUCGUUUUUUACCUUCUAUAUUAUUCUAUUAAUCAUCGUCAUAUCGGUCAUCAUAGAAGACACUUCUUCGAUAGAUCAAAGCAUAUAUCUAGAAGACGUAAAGGUCAGACAUUAAAAAAUAAAAUUGUAAGAUUUCUAAUACCAAGUACACUUAACAAUUGCGCCGAUCGUAAUCAGAAUAUCUGUUGACAUUUAGUACAAGUUGAAAGUUCUUCCCUAUUCUUAUAUUUUCUAGUUACUUUAUUGUAAAUUCGUUUAAUCGUUCGUAUCAUAUAAAUGCAAAACGUCGAAUAAAA